AUGGCUUUAAGACUAGGUCAUGUCAAUAUGACCAAUAUUAUAGAUCAAAAGCUUGACAUUACUUCUGAAACUGUAUCAGAUUUAGAAAAAGCAUUAGGAAUAGCAACAUGGAAUGCACGAAAUGAA